AUGCCUGCCAAAAAACAGUGGGACGACGAGGAGAGCGACUCCAGCACCCCUCCCUCUUCCCCACCCGCCGGUGCCUUGCGCCGCAAGUUCGAUGAUGAAGAAGAGAAUGACAGCGAUGUCCUAGACUCAUGGGAUGCCGCCGAGGAUUCCGAAGUCGAGCGCGAGAAGACCAAGAAGGCCGCCGAGGCCAAGGCCAAGGCCGACGCCGAAGCUGCCGCGAACAAGAAGUCCAAGGCUCAACGCGUGGCCGAACACCAGGCCCAACGAGCCCACCGCCUGGCUGAAGGUGGCGCGUCUAGCGACGAGGAGGAGGAGACCGAGGCUGAGCGCCGCGAGCGGAUGAGACGCACCGAAAAGGAAGCCGACUUGAACCACGCCCGAGAUCUCUUCGGUGAUGCCGGUAUCAGCCUCAGCAAUGGGCGCAAGGCCACCACUAUCGGUUCUGCUAUCCCUAUCGACGCUAGCGACCCGAACAAGACCGUCGACCUAGCCUCCCUGCCGUUGUUCAACCCGCAGACCAAGCUGCAGUUCGAGACUUUGCGCAACACCAUGGUCCCCAUCGUCGGCAACAACUCCAAGAAGGCACACUACACUCUGUUCCUUCAAGAGUUCUCUAAGCAGCUGGCCAAGGAUCUCCCUAGCGACCAGAUCAAGAAGAUCGCCAGUGCCCUCACCGCCUUUGGUAACGAGAAGAUGAAGGAGGAGAAGGCUGCAGAGAAGGGUGGCAAGAAGACCAAAGCGCAGAAGACCAAGACUCAGUUGGUGACCAACAGGACCCCAGCGGCCGACGUCGGCACCUACGAGGAAGACUUCGGAGAUGAUGACUUCAUGUGA